AUGAAAGGAAUUCCUGAUUCUAAAGGACAUUUUGGUUUUCCGGAUCAUCAUAUUCCUGUGUAUCCUCAUAAUCUGUACGAUGAUUUCAAAAAAGAUUUUGCCGUGGCUGUGUUUAACCUAAGAACUUCUAUAAUGGCACUUAAGCAAGAUUUAAAUUCUUUCGAAACAUCUGAAUAUGGAAGCUCAAUCGGAGUCAUCGCUAAUUCCACUGAUA